AUGGAGCAAAGCCCCUCUCUCACCAUCCUGCUGCUGGUACUGGGCCUCUCUCAGGCCCAAAUGGCUGUAGACAUCACUGAGAGAAUUCUGACCGCUAAUAACGGCUCUGAUGAGAUGCUGAUGGAGGGAGACCUGGUGGUACCAAGAACCAGAAACGCCAUGCAGUGCAUGCAAGGAGGAAACAGCUGCCUGUGGAAGAAAGCCUCUAGCGGAUACAUUGAAGUGCCCUACACAAUAGAAGACAGCAGAUUCACUCCCUCCGACAUGAAGGAGAUUGAGCACGCCGUCCAGUCGUUCCACAGCAAGACCUGCAUUCGCUUUGUGCCACGUGGCAACCAGAAAGACUACAUCAGCUUUGAGAGUUUGAGCGGCUGCUACUCUUCUCUCGGGAGAAUUGGAGGGAAACAGACGGUCUCUGUUAACAGCGUUGGCUGCAUGUUUCUCGGCAUCAUUCAGCACGAGACCCUCCACGCUCUGGGAUUCCAGCACGAACAAACCAGGAGCGACCGUGACCAGUACGUCACCAUCAACUGGAGUAACAUCGACUCUUACAUGGCCAAUAACUUCGAUAAACAAAACACCAACAACCUGAACACUCCCUAUGACUACAGCUCUGUCAUGCACUAUGGAAAAACAGCCUUCUCUAUCAACGGGAUGGACACCAUCACCCCCAUCCCCAACCCUGACGUGUCCAUCGGCCAGAGACAGGGGAUGUCCACCACUGACACCCUGAGGAUCAACAGACUCUACGGCUGCUGA